GGUGUGUGUUCAUACUGUGAGACCCUAAGGACUAAGGUCUGACUUUUAUCAAACCCUCAUCUUUUUUUCUCCCCCCUGAUUCUUUGACGACAAUGUGUACCUAAAAGAUUUUUUUUUCCCCCUCCCCUACUUUCCUUCCUUUAACAAAAAGCAUUCCAUUGGAAAUUCUUGAAACCUUCCUGAGUCAUCGAACGAAAUACAACUGAUAUUUUCUUUUUUUUUUCUUCAAAUCUAUAAACCAAUCAGUUUCAUGGACGUUAGUAUUUCUAUCCAAUAACGAAGAAUUAUGGUAUCUUUUAAAGAAAAAAAAAAGUAAAAAAAAAACUGAUUGGCUAUGCAAAAGAAUAAACGCAGUAUGGAAUGUGGAAGGGGUGGGUGAGUAUAAGUAGAAGGAAAAUAGACAAAAUCUGGAAACAGCGAUCACAUUUUAUCCAGACAGCACUUACGUUAGUUUGGAAAAGUCUCCCUUCACGUUUAAAAUUGUUUUGUUUAAUUUUGCAAAGUAGUUUUGUUAAUUUGAAUUUGGUUAUUUUAUUAAAUAUUAUUCGUGGGUCAUCUGUACGAACUAGUAUUGAAAAAACACCAGGGUCUUGAGAAGGACGAAUUCUGACGAUACUUUCGUGAUCGAGAACAGUAGAAGAAAUAUGGAUGCAAUGAAGACAGGCUGGUUCAGCGAGAUAAACGACUUUUGGCCUGGUGUAUCCUUGUCCCUCGAAGUUGAAAAGACGUUACAUCAAGGAAGAUCGCAAUAUCAGGACGUAUUGGUGUUGCAAACAAAAAGUUAUGGGAAAGCUUUGAUACUCGAUGGUAUAAUUCAAUGUACAGAAAAGGAUGAAUUUGCUUAUCAAGAGAUGAUAGCUUUCAUUCCUUUGUGUAGUCACCCUAAUCCAAAGAACGUUUUAAUAGUUGGUGGAGGUGAUGGUGGUGUUGCAAGGGAAGUUGCCAAACAUCCAGGUGUUGAAAGAAUAGUACAAAUUGAGAUUGAUUCUAUGGUAAUUGAUGUUUCGAAAAAGUAUUUACCCUUUAUGGGGGUUGGAUUUGAUAAUCCUAAACUUACGUUAAACGUAGGAGAUGGGUUUGAAUUUAUGAAACAACAUUCAAAUGAAUUCGACGUUAUUAUUACAGACAGUAGCGAUCCAAUUGGUCCAGCAGAAUGCCUAUUUCAAGAAUCCUAUUUUAAUUUAAUGAAAACAGCAUUGAGACCAGGUGGUAUAGUUUGUAGUCAAGCAGGUACUGCAUGGAUGAACUUGGAUCACGUAGUUCAAACUUUAAAACAUUGCAAAUCUGCUUUCCCAGUAGUAGAUUAUUGUAUCGCUUCAGUACCAUCUUAUCCAACAGGACAAAUUGGUUUUGUAUUAGGUGGACUUGGUACAGAAAUGAAUUUCAAAGUACCAACGAGGAUAUUUGAGGAAGAACAAUUAGAUGAAAUGAAUUUAAGGUAUUACAAUUCAGAAAUACACAAAUCGGCAUUCGUAUUACCAAGGUUUGUCGAAAAAUCAUUGAAACCGUACAGGACGACGUGAACGAGAUUAUCAUUUGUUUUUUUUCUAUUCACCAGUUUUGUUUUUUUUUUUUAUUGAUUUUAAAAUCUUCAAGAUAUGUUUCUAUUUGUAUUUGACACUAUCGAUAAUUGCAAUAUUACAACAGUAUGAGAAACAAAAAACCACACAUCAAACGAAAUCACCGAGUUUCGUAUUUUAUAAAUGAAAUUUAAAAACAAAACAAAACAAAAAAGUUAACUAUGAA